AUGAAGGCUUUGGUGUCUAAUCGUAGCACCCCCGCACGAAUUUUCAACCUCACCUCGGGAAAGUCCAUCUUCAAGGGAGCCCAUGUGAUCGACGUACCGAAGCCUGUCAUCACCGGCCAAGAGAUACUGGUCAAGGUGCACUCUGUGGCUCUCAACCCGAGCGACUACAAGCACAUUGACGUCAUCUCACCCAAAAACUGCAUCGUCGGGUGCGACUACGCAGGAGAGGUAAUUGAAGUCGGCAAGUCCGCAGUAGAGUCAUGGAAGGGGCGCGUUCGCGGAAUACCUCAAAGCCGAAGCAGACCUGGCGUGGAAGAUUCCUCAAAGUGUUUCAGACGAGGCUGCAGCAACCUACGGUGUUUCGGCCGUGACGCUGUCCUGGCGAUGAAUGUGCAUCUUGGGCUUCCGUGGCCUGAUGAGCCAAAACAAAACCCCGAAGUAUCGAAGCCACGACAGACCGUUUUCAUCUACGCAGGCUCCACCAGUGUCGGUCUCUUUGCGAUUCAGCUCGCCAAGUUAGCGGGCUACACAGUGGUUACAACAGCAUCUCCACAUUCUAGUGAUCUAGUCAAGAGCUAUGGAGCCGACCACGUUUUCAACUACAAAUCGGAGAAUUGGGUACAGGAAGUCGUAUCAACCUUCCCAGACAUUAACCUGGCUCUGGAUUGCAUCUCAGAAAAGGGCACUGGUCCUCUGACGGCCAAAGUCCUACAAGCUAACGGUGGCAAGGUUGUCACGCUGCUUGAUCAAGGAGAGUCAAAGGUUCCAGGUGUCAAGUAUGACAUGAUCAUGCUUUAUACGGUUUUUGGCAAAGAGUUUGCCUGGUUGCCGCCAAUCGGACCCAAAUUUCCAGUCGAUUUAGAACAUCGACAGGCUCUUGCGCGGUUCUACUCGAUACUACCACAGCUCAGUGGGGUUCUUAGACCUCCCCCUAUCAAGGAAAUCAGUGGCGGUAUUGAUGUCUUGCUUGAGGAAUUAGACCAAUUACGCAAGGGAAAGGUAUCGGGAAAGAAAUUGGUCGUAAAACUUUAG